CCAAUAGUCAGAGCCAUAGGACCUGCCCCUUCUGGCUCCGGGGCUAGAAAAGAGAGUCGAUGCCGGCAGCAGUGAUGAGUCUUGGGAGGUACUGGCUGCUCGGCGGUUCCGAGGAGCGGCUGCUGCUGGUGGCCUUUUUGCAGGUGUAUUGCUGUCACUGAACACUGGCCCAUUGGAAAGCACUAGAGAAGCUCAGCCAUCAGUAUGUCCAAGUACAAACUGAUUAUGUUAAGACAUGGAGAGGGUGCUUGGAAUAAAGAGAACCGUUUUUGUAGCUGGGUGGAUCAGAAACUUAACAGUGAAGGAAUGGAAGAAGCUCGGAACUGUGGGAAGCAACUCAAAGCGCUAAACUUUGAGUUUGAUCUUGUGUUCACAUCCAUCCUGAACAGGUCCAUCCACACAGCCUGGCUGAUCCUGGAAGAGCUGGGGCAGGAGUGGGUUCCCGUGGAAAGCUCCUGGCGUCUCAAUGAGCGUCACUAUGGAGCCUUGAUCGGUCUCAACAGGGAGCAAAUGGCUUUGAAUCACGGCGAGGAACAAGUGAGGCUGUGGAGAAGGAGCUACAGUGUGACCCCACCGCCCAUAGAGGAGUCCCAUCCUUACUACCACGAAAUCUACAACGACCGGAGAUAUAAAGUGUGCGACACUCCUUUGGAUCAGCUGCCAAGAUCUGAGAGCUUAAAGGAUGUUCUGGAGAGACUCCUUCCUUAUUGGAAUGAAAGGAUUGCUCCUGAAGUAUUAAGUGGUAAAACCAUUCUGAUAUCUGCUCAUGGAAAUAGCAGCCGGGCACUCCUGAAACAUCUGGAAGGUAUCUCAGAUGAAGACAUUAUCAACAUUACUCUUCCUACUGGAGUCCCCAUUCUCCUGGAACUGGACGAGAACCUGCAUGCCGUUGGACCUCACCAGUUCCUGGGCAACCAAGAGGCUAUCCAAGCAGCCAUUAAGAAAGUAGAAGAUCAAGGAAAAGUGAAACGCGCUGACAAAUAAAAUCUUUCCCACGUGCUAGCUAGGGAUAGCUGCAGAAGUAGUGGUAUGCAGUGUGUUAUGGGUGCUGAUCUCGCUUUUUUUUUUUUUUUUUCUCUCCCGCUGAUUUUUCCUGAUUUUUCCAGAUCUAGGCUGUGGGGUAGAGUUUGUAUAAGUAACUAGGUAACUUAUGUUGGCCCAGAUAAAGGCUUUAGGAUGCCUGAGUGCUAAUGUCAUAAGCCUUAUGCGUUAGCCCCUGCCGGCCCCGUUGAAUUAGUCACUAAGUUAGUCACCAGUGGGGCUUAAUCAAUGUCAUAAGUUUCCAAAAUGGGGGAGCAACAAGUGGAGGUCAAGUUCAAGGUAUUCCUCAUUCAAUAAAUCAGUAUAGAGUGACCACUGACAGGCACUACUUACUCCAAUAAGUAGUUCACAUUUAUAUUUACUGAGACUUUCUAGGAUGAUAAUAAAGGGCGUUAGAUAA